AUGACAACUCAAUCAAUGCAUGAUUUGCGACUUGCACUACGUGAAAGUACACAAAAAUUAGAAGAUACAGAAAAUAUUUUAAAUAAAUUACGUAAUGAUUAUGAAAAUCAAUUACGUAAAAAAGAUGAUGUUAUUUCAAUGAAAGAAUUAAUUAUUAAAGAAAAAGAUGCAUAUAUAUUAAAACUUGAAGAAGAAAUAUCCAAACAUGAUCCAACAUUUAUUUCAUAUACCAAUGGAAUUGAUAUUAUAUCAUCACCAAGACCAUCAUUACUUGAUGUAUCAUCACCAAAACCACGUAUAAAACGUACAGCUAUUAGUGCUGAAUCAGCUCAACAAAAGAAAUCCAAAGAUUUACGAGUUGCACUACAAGUAUUUGACAAAUCUUAUCGAACCAAAGAAUUUUUACGUGAUGCAUUAUUAAAUAAUGAUUUCAUGAAAAAUCUUGAAAUGAAUCAAAUUAUGUCUAUUGUUGAUUGUAUGUAUCCAUUAGAGCAUAAGGAUGGUAGUUUAAUUAUCAAAGAAGGUGAUGUGGGAAAUCUUGUUUAUAUCCUUGAAGAGGGAACGGUUGAAGUGAGUAAACUUAAUAAAGUAUUAACAACAAUGGGUCCAGGACGAGUAUUUGGUGAAUUAGCUAUUUUAUAUAAUUGUACACGAACUGCUUCAAUUAAAGCUUUAUCAAAUUGUAAAUUAUGGGCAGUUGACCGUCAGACAUUUCAAGCUAUAAUGAUGAAAGCUGGUAUGCAAAAACAAGCUGAACAUCUUGAACUUAUGAAAAAUAUUAAGAGUUUUGAAAAAUUACGUGAAGAUAUUCUUAGUAAGAUUGCUGAUGUAUUAGAUGAAGUUAGUUAUGCUGAUGGUGAAUGUAUUGUAAGACAAGGUGCAAAAGGUGAUACAUUCUAUAUUAUUGCUAAAGGCCGAGCUCGAAUUACUGAAGCAAAAUCUAAAUGGGAUGCACCUAUUAAUAUUCGACAUCUUGAACGUGGAGAAUCAUUUGGUGAACUUGCAUUACAAUCAGAAGAAACUCGACCAUUUAAUGUUAUAGCUGAUGAUCCAAAUGGUGUUACAUGUCUUGUACUCGAUCGACAAAAUUAUCGCGAAAUGAUAGCCAAUGAAUUAUCUCGAUUGAAACGAGAAGAAUCAUUUAAAUGUGCACGUCGAAAUGUUGGCGAUGAACGAGAUUUGAAAAAUCUACGUUUGGCUGAUAUUGAAAUAAUUUGCACAUUAGGUGUAGGAGGUUUUGGCCGAGUUGAAUUGAUACAAGAUACACGAAAUUCAAAUAAAUAUAGUCUUAAACAAAUGAAAAAACAACAUAUUGUUGCGUUAAAACAACAAGAACAUGUUAUGAAUGAACGAACUAUUAUGUUAGAAACUCGAUGUGAUUUUAUUGUUAGAUUGUAUAAAACAUUUAAAGAUCGAAAAUAUUUAUAUAUGCUAUUUGAAUGUUGUUUGGGCGGCGAAUUAUGGACAUUAUUACGAAAUCGAGGAAUAUUUGAAGAACCGGAAGUUCGAUUUUAUAGUGCUUGCGUUAUUGAAGCAUUUGCCUAUUUACAUAGUCGAGGUAUCGUCUAUCGAGAUUUAAAACCCGAAAAUCUUCUAUUAGAUGAGAGAGGUUACUGUAAAUUAGUUGAUUUUGGUUUUGCUAAAAAAGUGGGUCUUGGUAAAAAAACAUGGACAUUUUGUGGUACACCUGAAUAUGUUGCUCCAGAAGUUAUAUUAAAUAAAGGUCAUGAUAUGGCUGCUGAUUGUUGGUCACUUGGUAUUCUUAUUUUCGAAUUAAUUAAUGGAAAUCCGCCAUUCUCUGGUCCAGAUCCAAUGAAAACAUAUAAUGUUAUACUGAAAGGUAUUGAUGCUAUUGAAUUUCCUCGUCGAGUUUCAAAAAUAGCUGGAUCGUUAAUCAAACGAUUAUGCCGAGAAAAUCCAGUUGAACGUAUUGGAUAUCAAAAAGAUGGUAUAAAAGAUAUUCAAAAACAUCAAUGGUUCGAAGGUUUUAGUUGGGAUAGUUUAAAAAAUGGAACAUUAGCAGCACCACAUGUUCCAAAAGUUGACCAUGAUGCGGAUACAUCAAAUUUUGAUGAAUUUCCUGAGGAUGAUUCUCCUGAACCUGAAGAUGAUUUAACCGGUUGGGAUAAAGAUUUUUGA